AUGCCGUGCCAUAGCGUGGCUCGGGAUGCAAAUCUGCUCUUUGGCGUUCAUGGUGAGAGUGUGCAAGGAGAGAGCGGUGGUGCAGCGACGGAGAAGAAGGCGCUCACUUCGCAAUCGGCAACGGAGAGGGCGAGCACUUCCAAAGUAGCGACGAAGGAGCCAAGCACUUCGGACUUAGCGACGGAGAGGGCAAGCUCCGGAGUUCUGUGGUUCGAAUUGGCAGUGGAGUGGCCAAAGUCGAGCAGUGGGAGUGACAACGGCGGGUGCGUGAAGCAGCAUAUUGGGUCUUGGACGGCGCGGUGUGUGGCAGUCAAUGCUUCGGACAGUGUGGCAGGAGUCGAGACUAAGAGAACGCUUGGCGUGGGCGCCAAGGACAGUGUGUUGUACGGCGUGACGGAGGGCGAGGUGGGCACGUAG